AGAGAGUAACAUCAUCAGACAUGGAUUAGUUGUAGUAUGUAACUAUAAAAAGGCUGAAUCACUUAAUUAGCUUACACCACUGAAUAGCAAAAUCUUCUAGCUUUAAUUUCUUACAGCAGUUGUUACAUGGGGCAAGAAACAAAUGGAGUUGUAAGGUUAAUCCACAAAGGAGAGGAAGAAUCUCAAGCUCAAGAGGAUAUAUGGAAUUGCAUAUUUGGUUUCACUGAAAUGGCUGUUGUUAAAUGUGCUAUUGAAUUGGGAAUUCCUGAUUUCUUGGAAACACAUCAACAACCUGUUUCCUUAAACAAACUGUCCAAUGUACUUGGCUGCUCUGCUUCUUCGUUGUAUCGAAUUCUGAGGUUCUUGACUAACAGGGGAAUAUUCAAAGAGGUGUCCACUGAAAAUGGCGAAACAGGUUAUGUGCAAACACAUGUUUCGCGUCUGCUUAGAAGAGAUGGAGAAAAUAGCAUGGCUGCUCUUGUCUUACUUGAAAGUAGCCCAGUUAUGCUUGCACCAUGGCACUACCUCAGUGCCCGCGUUUUGGCUAAGGAAAAUACUGCAGCAUUUAGUGCGGCUCAUGGAAAGGAUGUAUGGGAGUAUGCAAAAACCAAUCCAGAGCACAGCAAGCUGAUCAACGACGCACUGGCGUGCCAUGCGCGGGUGACAAUGCCUGCUGUUAUCGAUAAUUGCGCGGAGAUAUUCAAAGGGAUAGAGUCAUUGGUGGAUGUUGGAGGAGGUAAUGGAACAACUCUUGGUAUGUUGGUGAAGGCAUUCCCUUGGAUCAAAGGGAUUAACUUCGAUCUCCCUCAUGUUGUCUCUGUUGCUCCUCAUUGUCAUGGUGUUGUGCAUGUUGAAGGGGAUAUGUUUGAUUCUGUUCCCAAUGCUCAUGCUGCUUUCCUCAUGUCGGUUUUACAUGACUGGGGUGAUGAGGAAUGCAUUCAAAUCUUGAAAAACUGCAUAGAAGCUAUUCCAAAAGACACAGGAAAAGUGAUAAUUGUGGAGGCUGUUCUUGAAGGAAAAAUAGGCAAAGAAAAAAGCCUCAAGGAUGUUGGUUUAAUGUUGGAUAUGAUAAUGAUGGCUCACACAAGUAAUGGAAAAGAGAGAAGUGCAAAAGAAUGGGCUCAUAUUCUCACGGAAGCUGGAUUCAGUAGGCACUCUAUUGUGCAAAUUCCUGCUAUUGAAUGUGUUAUUUUCGCUUAUCCUUGAGUUAGAUCUUUUCGUAUGAUUGAUUUUAUUGUUAUUUGGAUUUAGUUUUGGGAUCACUGUUUGGAUUAAUGUGGGAUAAUUAUUUUGUAAUUUAAAUAUUGUUGUGUGUCCUUACCUAUGUAUUGUAUUGGGUAUGUUAUGGUUUUCGAAUAUUAUUGUAUCUAUCA